GCAUGUCAUUAUCUGAAAUUACUGCCUUACUGGCGACUAUUAAUUAAUUAGUUGGGAUCCAAACUGUAUUGUUGUGAGUGUGCUUAUCUCCUGCCGUAGCUUCUGCUGCUUCCAACUAAAAACUGGUUUACACCUCAAACCCUAAAACACCCAGUUCAUCACCCAACUGGUCUGCACUCUCCACUUACAAUUCACUACUCCAAAACCCUUGUAAUCCCAUCCCCAUAAAUGGAAUCAAUCACCAUGCUAAGCUUCAUCCAACUCCUCCGUUCCUUGGCAAAUAUCUAUAAAUGGAACGAUAUUCUAGCAGCAGCUUUGAUGCCAACAAUUCCUCGCCUCCCGGUUCGGGCUCUCCGUCUUCCGGGAGACACCCGGUUUAUCGCGGUGUGAGGCGUAGGAAAAGUGGGAGCGGAAAAUGGGUAUCUGAAAUCCGUGAGCCGCGCUCGCCUAACCGAAUAUGGCUAGGCACAUUUUCGUCGGCUGAAAUGGCUGCGGUGGCAUAUGACGUGGCAGCCCUUGCCUUAAAAGGCAAAGACGCCGAGUUGAACUUUCCCGACUCGGCCUCUUCCUUGCCGGUACCCGCGUCAGCUUCCCCGCGUGACAUCCAAGCAGCUGCAGCCAUUGCGGCUUCAGCCGCUGGGGCGGCUGUUGACACAUUUCGCGGAGUUGACAGGACUACUAAUACAAGGGCGAUGAUAGCCGAUCCGAAUAUUAAUACGAAUAAUAAUGUUAUUGCAAGUCGAGUAGAUCAUGAUAAUAACUUCGUUGAUGAGGAUAUGAUAUUCGAUAUGCCGAAUAUUCUCGUCAAUAUGGCGCAUGGAAUGCUUCUGAGCCCUCCAAGAAUGAAUGUGGAAGCUGAUUUCGAUCCAGACUAUGCAGGAGACAACCUCUGGAACUAUCCAUAACUAUUUUCUUCGCAAGUCACCGGCUAAUAUAUAAGUACCGUAUAUGAAUAUAUAAAACCUGGAAGCAUAUGUAUAUGCUCGUUUUUAAUUAGCAGGGUUUGUUACGGGAUUUGAUUGUCCACUCUUUGGAGCAAGGAUAGAUCAAAUGACUGUAUGUUUUACCUUGUUAUGCCUUCUUUCUACGGGAUCCGUGGACUUUACUUCCGAUGGAUAUAUCGGAUACUUAUGUUUGGUUUGAUUCUCUGCAUUACUGGUUUUAAUUUCUAGAAAGGGUGUGGUCUCUGCGAAUGAAAGAAAUUGAAAU